AUGAGACCUCUGUUGUUCUUUUGCAUCGCCGAGGAGGCUAUCGCCUCUGGCGGCGGCCUGAAGAGGCCUUCCUCCGCAGCUGUAUUCGGCUCCGCCAGAAGCCUGGAAGGCAGCCUCAAUGGCGCUGGAAUCAACGCUCUGGAAAGCUCUCUCGCAGCCUUAAAGGAGGCAUCGAUUGCUUGUACUAUUACAAGGCCAGGAACUCUCGUACAAGAAGACAAGGCUCCAGCACAUAACCACUAUAUUCAACAGCGUAUUUAUGAGGCUUAUGAGAGCCUUGUUGGCCCUUUCUGA